AUGGACGAGGGAAAUGGUAGCUUGAUUUCUUUCUCUAAGAAGCAACCGUGCCCCUGCUACAAAUACUCCGGGAUAAAAACUUCAAUACUUCAAUUUCUCAUCCAUCCUUUCGUGUACUUUACCAAUUCCAUUGCCAAAAGUCCAGAGCUGCACCUCCCUAACCAGCAUCCAAUAAAACAACGCCGAAAAUGUCCUACGCCAAAGCAGUCUCCCGGGGUGCCCAACAAUCUCCUCAAGAGUGCGGCACCCCAACCUCGUGAAGUUGAAGUCGCCGAAGCUGAACCUGCAACAUCCUCUCUAAUCGAUGUCGACUCCCCGCACAUCUCCUCCGUUCCCCCCACCUACGAGUCUCAGCGUAUAAAAACAAACACCCAAGCCGAGCGCAUCGAGCGCGAGGGCGAGGAGAAACAGCGGCGUGAGCAAGCCGAAAGAGAAGCCAAACGCGCCGCAGCAAGAGACGCCAAGGGGAAAGCGAAAGCCGUAAAGAAUAAAGCAGCGUCCGCCAAGUUGUCCCUUCUCCGGAAUAGUUCAAAUCCCGUCCUUUUGGGAAACGCGAUGUUGAUGGCUAUUGCGGGCGCCGGGUUGGGAUUUAGUGCAUAUCGCUGGCAUGCUCGGGGUGCGUUAACGUGGAAUAUACUGGGGCUGUGGUCUAGCGCGGUAGGUGCGCUUGGAUUUGUGGAUUAUUAUGUUAGCAACGGGCUGGAGCCCCGAGAGGCCAAAAAUUCGAACCAUGCUCCAGCCUUUUUGAACCAUGUUCAAGUGUAUACACUGAGGAACUCGCUAUUCAACGCGGCGCUGAAGCAGUCCUCUGCGCUCCGCCGCGACCUGGACGUUUUUGCUGAAGCUGGCAGCAUGACAUCCCCCGCUUUGCAAGGCCAAAUAUCCGCCUCUCUUACAUCAUUCUCCCGCACAAUCGACGACUAUUCCUCCCUUUCCAAACAAGAGCUCAUCCCCGCCAAGCAAGAGCUGGCCUUUGAACGGUUGAAAAACUUCCGCACGGAGCUGGCAGAUUACAGACAAUUAUUUGAUCGACUAAGAAAGGCGCGUGAUGAUGCUCAAUCCGCAUCAAACCGCAACGAACUCCUCGGUCGCCGCCCCCACCACGCUUCCACCCCCGAAAACCCCUACGCCCAAUCCAACCUUCCACAAUCCUCUCCCUUCGCAAACCCAAACUACCCGCUCCACCGCUCCUCGCCGAGUACUAGCGGCGGCGGUGGCGGUCUCGGUUUCAGCGGCGGGCCAACAGACUACGCUCGCGAAGAUCGAGUCCUACGCGAACAGUCCUUCUUUUCCAACACAAACACACAGCUGGACGAAUUUCUUGAUAGGGGCCGGGCCGUGCUCGGCGACCUCGGGCAGCAGCGGGAGAUCCUUAAAGGGACGCAGCGACGGUUAUAUAGCGUUGCGAACACGUUGGGGUAUGCCGAGGUGAGAGAACUUGGGAAACUACGGUGUCCUCGUCGGAAAAAAAUCGUGAGCACUCUAGCCUCCAUAAUCAUGGAAAGCGAUACGUGGACCACCAGCCGCCAGACAUAA